AUGAACAUCCUACAAGACCUUAAGCAUCUCAAGCACAUUAGCUUGCCGGCGAGGCUUAUCAUUUGCAAGUGCCUUCUCAUAGUGAUUGGCCUUAUUGUAUUGAGAGCAAUUAUCUCCCCUUUUCUUGCCAUCAGCUCUUCCGAGAAGAGUUUUUAUGACUCACCAACCCUUGACUUGUUCCCUGGAGUUAGGAAAGGCAAGUUUGUUGAGGUCCCGCAGAUUAUAUGGGGAUUGAACAAUCAGAAAAUUGCAUUUGCCAGAGCAUGCUUGACGGCAAAAUUCAUGAACCGUUCUCUACUCAUGCCAAGUCUGAGUGCUUCGCUUUUCUACAAAGAGGUUGACUUGCUGCAGCCUAUUGCUUUCGACAAGGUAUUUGACCUUAAUAAGUUCAAUGCCCGCUGUCAUGGGUUUGUAAGGGUGGCUCGGUAUUCAGAAGUUUCAAAUCGUACCGAGCCUUUCAAACUUCAAAAGGGCAGUGGUAGGAGGUGGACAGUGGAGAGAGAUUUGGAUCAACUGCAACAAUCCAGAUUGGGGGAGGCCGAUGGCUUUGAAGUGAUUCAUGUCACUGGGAAGCAUCCAUUUCUGUGGCCUGAUCAUUGGCCAGUGAAAGACUAUGCCAGGAUCUUCGAUUGCCUUGCUGUAGCUCCUGAGAUAGAAACUGAAGUUGUCAGGGUCAUAUCCAAGAUUAAAGAUGCAGGGAAAAAAGCAAGACAUGAUGCUGCCGUUUCUCAUAAUAAGAAGAGGAUAGAUGGUUUGAAAAAUCUUCCUGUGCAGUACAUUGCUGUUCACAUGAGAAUAGAGAAAGAUUGGAUGAUUCAUUGCAAGAAGUGGGAGCAGCGGUCCAAUUUAAAGGAAAUUUGCAGCAGCAAAGGAGAGAUCAUUCAUAAGGUCUCACAGAUCACUGACCUACGUCGCCCGGUUGUAGUUUACCUUGCAGUAGCCGACAGCCUUCUAGAAGAUGAUUCAGUAACCAGUGGUUGGAGAGUUGGUAUGGUUGCUUAUGAGAAGAAGAAACUUGGAGUUACUGACAUAUACGAGAAACAGCCUUACCUUAUAAAGUCUGCCAUCGACUUUGAGGUAUGCGCAAGAGCGGAUGUGUUUGUUGGCAAUAGUUUCUCAACAUUUUCCAACCUUGUAGUAUUGUCUAGAACAGAAAGGUUAUACAAGUUAGGGAAGGCAAGCUCAUGUGGUGAGGAUGUUGGGCUGUCGUCCUAUGCGUACAAUGUCAUUGGAGAUGAUGGCGGGCCACAGAAAUGGAUGACAGAUAUGCUGGACACAAGCCUUCAGCGCAUAAGUUACGGAACGAAUAACGUUUCCUGCCACUGA